CAGUGGAGGUCAGAAGUUACCAGUGCUAAGUCUGUACAGCAGCAUCAAACAGAGGAGAUUAACCAGUUGGAACUAGCCAACACAAUGAGGGACGGAUCUGCUGCUGUCAAGUGCCAAAAUAAAAUCAAGUCUCGUUUGGGGAAGAAGUUCAGGUGUGUGUUUGAGGGAAUCGCUAAAGCAGGACAGCGAAAAAAUCUGAACUACUUCUACACAGAGCUCUUCAUCACAGAGAGAGGCAGUGGAGAGGUCAACCAGCAACAUGAGGUCAGACUGAUUGAAACCGCUUCCAGGAAACCAGCCAAGGAGGAAACACCAAUCAGAUGUGAGGACAUCUUUAAACCCUUUCCUGGACAAUAUAAACCAUUCCGGACAAUAAUGACAACUGGAGUGGCAGGAAUUGGUAAAACCGUCUUAACACACAAGUUCACUCUGGACUGGGCUGAAGGCAAGGCCAACCACGACAUACAAUUCACAUUUCUCCUCACUUUCAGAGAGUUGAAUUUACUGAGCAGGAAAGAGUUUAGCUUGGUGGGACUUCUUCAUCACUUCUUUAUUGAGACCAAAGAAGCAGGAAUCAGCAGAUUCGACCGGUUCCAAGUUGUCUUCAUCUUGGAUGGUCUGGAUGAGUGCCGACUUCCUCUGGACUUCCAGAGAAACCCGAUCUGGACUGAUGUCACAAAGUCCACCGCGGUGGACGUGCUGCUGACAAACCUCAUCAGGGGCGACCUGCUUCCCUCCGCUCACAUCUGGAUAACCACACGCCCUGCGGCAGCCAAUCAGAUCCCUGCUGAGUGUGUUGGUAUGGUGACAGAGGUGAGAGGGUUCACCGACCCACAGAAGGAGGAGUACUUCAGGAAGAGAUUCACAGAGGAGACACUGGCAAACACAAUCAUCUCUCACAUCAAGAAAUCACAAAGCCUCCACAUCAUGUGUCACAUCCCAGUCUUCUGUUGGAUAGCUGCAACAGUUCUGGGAGACUUCUUCAAAACAUCCCAAAUAGGAGAAGAGAUGCCCAAGACCGUGACUCAGAUGUACAGCCACUUUCUGAGGGUUCAGUCCAUACAGGGGGGCAGGAAGUAUCAUGGGAGAGCUGAAACAGAUCAAGACUGGAGUUUAGAGAGCAAGGAGAUCAUUGUUUCUCUGGGAAAACUGGCUCUUAAGCAGCUGGAGAAAGGUCACCUGAUCUUCUACGAGGAAGACCUGGCAGAGUGUGACAUCGAUAUCAGAGCAGCCUCAGUGUACUCAGGAGUGUUCACCGAGAUCUUUAAAGAGGAGUGUGGGAUGUACCAGGAAAAGGUGUUCUGCUUUGUCCAUCUGAGCAUCCAGGAGUUUCUGGCUGCCCUUUAUGUCUUUAUGUCAUUCAUCGACUCUGGGGUCAAUCUGCUCUCAGGGCAACCACAAACCCAGUGGUCUGAACUCUACCAGAUUGCUGUGGACAAGGCCUUACAGAGUGAGAACGGACACCUGGACUUGUUCCUCCGUUUCCUCCUGGGUCUCUCUCUGGAGAGCAAUGUGAUUGUCCUACAAGGUUUGCUGGGAAAGAAAGAAAGUAGCUCACAGACCAGUAAGGACACGGUGUCUUACAUCAAGACGAAGAUAGGGGAAAAUCCCUCUACAGAGGGAAGCAUCAAUCUAUUCCACUGUCUGAAUGAGCUGAACGACUGUUCUCUAGUAGAGGAGAUCCAACAGUACCUGACAUCAGGAAGACUCUCCGAAAAAUCUCUCUCUCCUUCUCAGUGGUCAGCUCUGGUCUUCCUCUUACUGUCGUCAGAAAAGGAGCUGGACGUGUUUGACCUGAAGAAAUACUAUGCUUCAGAUGAGGGUCUUCUGAGGCUGCUGCCAGUGGUCAAAGCCUCCAAAAGAUCUCUGCUGAGUGGCUGUAAUCUGUCAGAGGAAUGCUGUGAAGCUCUGGCCUCAGGUCUCAGCUCCAACACUUCUAGUCUGAGAGAGCUGGACCUGAGUACCAAUGAUCUGCAGGAUUCAGGAGUGAAGCUGCUCUCUGCUGGACUGGGGAGUCCACACUGUACACUGGAAACGCUCAGGCUGAAUGGCUGUCAGCUGUCAGAGAGAUGCUGUGAAGCUCUGGCCUCAGUUCUCAGCUCCAACUCCUCUAGUCUGAGAAAGCUGGACCUGAGUACCAAUGAUCUGCAGGAUUCAGGAGUGAAGCUGCUCUCUGCUGGACUGGGAAGUCAACACUGUAUACUGGAAACUCUCAGAUUGUCUGGCUGCCUGGUCACACAGGAAGGCUGUGCUUCUCUGGCCUCAGCACUGAGCUCCAACCCCUCCCAUCUGAGAAAGCUGGACCUGAGCUACAAUCACCCAGGAGACUCUGGAGCUGCGCUGCUCUCUGCUGGACUGGAGGAUCCACGCUGGAGACUGGACACUCUCAGUGUGGAGCACGGAGGAAUGAGGAGGCUGAAACCAGGUUUAAAGAAGUAUGCCUGUGAACUCACACUGGACCCCAACACAGCCAACAGAAAACUCUCUCUGUCUGAGGACAACAGAAAGGUGACGCUGGUUGGAGAGGACCAGUCGUAUCCGGAUCACCCAGAGAGAUUUGACAGCUGGGACCAGGUUUUGUGUCAAGAGGCUCUGACUGGCCGCUGUUACUGGGAGGUAGAGAGGGAAGGAGGGUUUUAUAUAGGAGUGACAUACAGAGGAGUCACGAGGAGAGGACGGGUUGGUGACAGCCUGUUUGGAUUGAACAACAAGUCCUGGAGGCUUGAGUGUCAUGAUGGGGUAUACUCUGCCUGGUACAACGAUAGUAGAACAGCCAUACGUCUCCCCCCCCCUGACUCCACCAGAGUAGGAGUGUAUCUGGACCGGCCUGCUGGCUCUCUGUCCUUCUACAGAGUGUCCCCAGGAGUAGGAGGGUCCUCAGACACACUGACACACAUCCACACCUUCUGGUCCACCUUCAGCCAGGGGGACCUCCUCCCUGGGAUUGGGUUCUGGGCGCGUGAGGCCUCAGCGUCUCUAUGUAAGCUAUAGUCUCUCUCUCUCUCUCUCUCUCUCUCUCUCUCUCUCUCUCUCUCUCUCUCUCUCUCUCUCUCUCUCUCUCUCUCUCUCUCUCUCUCUCUCUCUCUCUCUCUCUCCUCUGUCUUAGGACACACAUGACACUCACAAACAAGCGCAUACAUUAACACACACACACAUGCAUAUUAAUAACAACAAACGCAUGUAUUAAGACACAUGCAUAUAUUAACACGCAUGCGCAUAUUUUAACGCAUGCACACGCGCAUAUGUAAACACACGCGUACACUUGCAUAUUUAAAUACACAUAUUUACAGAAACACACACAUUAACACCCCCCCACACACACACACAUAAGUAUAAACACAUCUGAGAACCCACAUACACAUACACUCACACUAAACAUUACAAACAUUCGCACGCACAAACACACACAAAUAUAUACACACACACAUACGUUUUCUUGGGCUUCUGAAAGUUGAUCUUGAUAAACCCUGAAAGGAAGAGACUUUUAAGAUCUUCCAUAAGGUUAAUUUAACAUCAUUUUUUUAUACUACAAUAUUGUGCAUAUUUUCAGAUGUUAACAGUUUCAAACUGUAGGGCUCUGAUAUCAGUUUAUAUUUUGAUAAGCCUAACAUGGAACCUGAUUUAAAGACGAUUUUAUAUUAUAUUCAUAAUGCUAGCGGUCAGGGAAGGGCUAUAGAUCAUGUUGUGAUGACAUUAAACUGAGUAUUGAUUCCUUCUGUUCUUUUGGAAAAAACACAGCAGAACAUUUUCAGUUAUUAAUAUGUGUGCACACCUGUUCAUGAUUAGUAAUGUCUGCUGCUUCUUUUGUUUGAGUCCUUUUGUUUAUUGUGUACAUGUAAGGGACUGUUCUAUUGUUUGAGUCCUUGUGUUUAUUGUGUACAUGUAAGGGACUGUUCUUCGAUUGUUUGAGUCCUUGUGUUUAUUGUGUACAUGUAAGGGACUGUUCUUCGAUUGUUUGAGUCCUUGUGUUUAUUGUGUACACGUAAGGGACUGUUCUUCUAUUGUUUGAGUCCUUGUGUUUAUUGUGUACAUGUAAGGGACUGUUCUUCUGUUGUUUGAGUCCUUGUGUUUAUUGUGUUCAUGUAAGGAAAUGUUUUUCUGUCGUCCUUGUUUAUAAAGCAUAAUGGUGAUAAACAGCUCAGUGGA